GAAACCAAACCAGCAACCUCGCGUCGUCAUCCUCUUGCGACUGUCUCUGUUUUUGUUUGUUCCGCAUCUUCCGCACACGGCAGCAGCAGAGCAGACCGCACAUCUGUCCGCACAUCUGUCCACAUCUUCGACCGGGCUCAAGCACCGUGCAGGGGAGCUGUCUGCUGCGGGGAAGCAGCUCGGUCCAACAUGGCCAAACCGAGCGAUCUGAAGAGCUCCCUCGAGUCUUCCUUGAACCAGAUCUUUAAAGCGACCGUGAACGACAUCCUGGACUCGGUGGACCGGAGCCUGUCGGAGUACCAGGGCGCAGUUCGGAGGAUCCAGUCCGAAAACGAGGGCCUGAAGAGGCUGCUGUUUGCGCAGAGCAGCGCGGAGUCUGCUCCUGCUCCAAGAGAUUCGUGUGAACAAGAUGUUGCUGAACAGUUUUCUGUGUCUGAAUGGAUCAACCAGCCCCUCAGCUCCACCCAGGGUACGUUCAAGGUGUCCAUAUGCAGCAGUGACAAGAAGAGCUCCAGGAAGAAAGGUGAAAGCAAGACAAGGAAGAGCAGCUGCCCUGCCUCCGUUUUUCUGCAGACAGAUCAAACUGUAGAACAACCAGUUGUCAAUGAAUCUGUCAGAACACCAAUUUCUGUAAAAGUAGAGCCUGACCUGGAUGAAAGCAGGGCUAUUGACCUCUCCCAGACAUCACUGCUUCUCAAUUUGGUGAUGAAGCCUAUAAAAAUAGAGUGCUCAGAGGUCAGUUGCGAUGCUUACAAACAUGAAUCGACAUCUCCAUGUCCUGAACAAGACUGUGGAGGCAGUGACAGUGAUGUUAAAGUCACCAUUGUUCCUGACAGCUACAUGCAGGAUGAACAUUUUAUCAAGACAGAAGACGAGGAGGAGAAUAAACUGCUGACGUAUAGCGAAGGCGACAGUGUGUACACAUUGAGAUGUAAUCAAGAAUCUGAAGUAGAUACAGAUGUAGCAAGCAGAGAAGACGUGGAGCCAGAGGGAGUGAGCACAACAGAAAAUGAGUCGCUCACUCCUGCUGCAGCUGAGAACUUUUUUCAAUGUCCUACCUGUCCCAAGACAUUUAGCCAAGAAAACUCCCUAAACGCCCACAUCAAGACUCACAGAAAUGAAAAAUCUCACCUGUGCAACACCUGUGGAAAGCGCUUCAGCCGGGCCGACCUCCUCAAAUCCCACAAGCGCAUCCAUACAGGGGAAAGACCCUACAGCUGCAACAUGUGCAGUAAAAAUUAUGCCCAUCCCAGUCAGCUGAGGGUACAUAAACGGCUCCAUACUGGAGAGAAGCCGUAUUCCUGCUCGUACUGUGGGAAACGCUUCAAUGAGCACAACCAGCUCAAAGUCCAUUUGCGGACUCACACCGGCGAGAGACCGUACAGCUGCCAGCAGUGCGGCAAGACCUUCAGCAACGCAGGAAAUCUGCGGAUACACGAAAGGAUUCACACCGGCGAGAGGCCGUAUUGCUGUGCCCAAUGCGGCAAAAGAUUCAACGGCUUGGGGGACUUGAAAACACAUUAUAGGAUCCACACGGGAGAGAGGCCGUACAGCUGCGAACUGUGUAAGAAGACUUUCAGCCAGGCAGGCCAUCUCACCAUACACAUGCGGAUGCACACGGGAGAGAGGCCGUACGGCUGCGAUGAGUGCGGCAAGAAGUUUACAGUAGCCAGUAGCCUUAAGCUGCACCAGAGGACUCACACGGGAGAGAAGGAGUACACCUGCUCAUACUGCAGCAAGAGCUUCAGCAGAUCUGGUCACCUGAAGAGACACGAGCUGGUCCACACCAAAGAAAAGGUGUUCCUCUGUAACCAGUGUGGGAAGACCUACACCGAUCAGUCUUCCCUUCAUAAACACCUCAAGAUGCAUGCUGCAAAGGAGCAGAAAGCACAGAGUGAAGGGCGUGUGACUGAGACUGAUACAAACCCUGCUCAAGCCUCUUCAUCUGAAACACUUUCCAACAUAAAAGAGAUUAAGACCAAAUAGUUGGAGAUGAGUAAAUAUGGGUUGGAGAAUGGUUCAUGUACGUGCUCUUAUAUAAUAAUAUGUGAAUUUUCUAGUAUUUAUCAGACCAUUAAACAUACAUUAUGUGGUUGGUGAAAGGGCCUUUCUGUGUGGAGUUUGCAUGUUCUCCCCGUGCUCCCUUGGGUAGCUAAUGUGAGCUACCCUCACAAAAACAUGCAGCAGUCCUGGGCUACACAUGCCCCCUCUGGCCAACCGGGGACAGAUGGGGUGGGGAGGAUCCCACCCUGUCUGGUGAAAAGAAGCGGUCGGUUCACUCCUCAGGUUAAGGAGGAGACCUGAGCUCAGAGCAGGGCCCUCCCAGGGUUGGUAGAGGAUAGCAAUGCCCAGAACUGUCACUUAGGUAGAGCACUGGGUGAUAAAAAUGGGGGAAAAAUCGGGUAUAAAAAUAAAAAAAGAUAGAAAUAAAAAAACGCUGACUCCCAGGUCAAGUUAGACACCUUCCUUACACAUUUUUACUCUGAAAUGAUAAAACAAACAACCAGUAGGGGUCAGUAUGGACCCUUUAAUCCCUGAUUAUUCUUUCCUUAUGUAAAAUAGAACUGUUAUAGACCAUAGUCACAUUUUUAAGAUAACUGAUCAUGUCUACAUAAGUGUAAUUAUUGUCAUGAGUCCUUUGUAUGAAACAGCUGGGGAAAACUAACAGUGUCAUGUUUCCACAUUGUUUUCCGCCUUUUGGUAGAGUUGACUAACUGAUAGAGCUGUCACUUUUGAUUGUUAUUUUUAAAAGUGUGCACCUUUGAUGCAUUUUGGACAAUUCAUUGCUCCUAUGUGCAAUUUUUGUUGAAAAACCCCAAAAGCUUAACUGAUAUUUUUCAUAAUUUAUUGUCUUGUAUUAAUUUCCAAAACAUGACUCUUUGUGAUGGUUGUGUGAAUUAUUACAUUAUUAGAAGCUUUAUAAUAGUUUAAUUGCAUUAUACAUUGACAAAGAAACUCUUGUUAAAUUAAUAGUUGCAAUUAUUUGUAUGUAUAUUAAUCUUAGAAUAUACUUAAACAACCCUAGCUCUGCUCAAGAUCAUUUUCUUGAGCAUACAAGAUAACAAAUAACUAAUCAGCAUACACUUAAUUAAUAUGAUGCUAUAUAUAAAUAAACUGUAAGUUCAGAAGUCUGAUCAGUCAAGCUGACAACAAUCUAUUAGUGUAAAAAUGUAAGUGAUAAUUCUGUGACUUUGAGUAUGAAUUAGAAAUUGACCUGCCUUCAGAUUACUGGCUGUUCUGUAAGUGAUGCUGAGUUCAGCUAAUGUGUAUCAUCCAGAUGCUGUGUUUGUGUUUGCUCACUCAAAAACCAGCAAAUAUUUGUCCUUCACUUUCAAUGUCCUAUCUGUGUAAAUGGUCACCUGUAGCAAAGGGAUAUCAUGUACUGAGUUUUUACUAAUGGACUUAUAAUGUGGUGAUGAUGUCUUCUGUCUAAAUUAAAAAUGAUGUAUGAUUUCUAUGCUUUUUACAGUAUUUAUUUUUUCCAGUGUGUACCAGUUAAUCAUUCCCAAAGUUAGAACCAUAACCCACGGUGAGGCAUCAUUUCAUUACUACUGUUCUUGUUAUUUUAACCCAGGUCUUAUGGUUUUAAGUUGUUCUUGUGUUUGUUUUAGCAUGUCUUGCUUUCUGAACCUACUUUUAGGAUUUUAUGUUAUACUUUUAAACUCUUUUAGUGUGUAUUUUAACCCCAUAGCCUAUUUUAUCCUGCUUUCUUGUAGCUUCUAGCUCCAGUGUUUCCUCAUGGGGAGCCUCCAUGCUGGGAGUGACUCUGGCCUGCAGGGGGUCGUCCUGGUGAUCGUUCUGGCCUGGAUGGGUG